AUGUUACAACAAUUAAAUGCAGUUGCAGGAGCGGUAGGCUUAAAAAUGAACUACAGCAAAACAAAAAUACUGAGCCGAGACCAGACAAAUAUAACAAUACAAAACCAUAACAUAGAAAAUGUUGAACAAUAUGUAUAUCUAGGUCAUGUUAUCACACUAGGAAAACCAAAUCAAGAUGGUGAAAUUAAAAGAAGAACACUGGCAUGGGGCGCUUUUGGCGAACUAGCACAUAUCUUGAAAAACACCUCCAUUUCUAUAAACUUAAUGAAAAAGGUAUAUAACACAUACAAUAUUAGAAACGCCGAGAUAAGAGGUAGAACGAAGAUUAGGGAUAUUGUGGAAGAAAUUACAAAAAUGAAAUGGCACUGGGCAGGUCACGUAGCCCGAUAUAAUGACAACAGGUGGAUACGGAGAAUUCUA